CGGGGCCGGGCCACAGAAGCUGUUCCGGGCCGCCGGGCAGCCAUGGCGGAUGAGGAGGAGGAUGUGCCGUUCGAAGAGGACGCGGAGGACGCCGGCGGGGGCCUGGACGGCGGGCAGGGCAGGAGGAAGCGGCUGUUCUCCAAAGAGCUAAGGUGCAUGAUGUAUGGAUUCGGAGAUGACCAGAACCCUUACACAGAAUCAGUGGACAUUCUUGAGGACCUGGUAAUAGAGUUUAUCACUGAAAUGACGCACAAGGCCAUGUCCAUCGGGCGGCAGGGUCGGGUGCAGGUUGAGGACAUUGUCUUUCUAAUACGCAAGGACCCCCGGAAGUUUGCCAGAGUUAAAGACCUCCUAACUAUGAAUGAAGAACUGAAACGAGCCAGAAAGGCCUUUGAUGAAGCAAACUAUGGGUCUUGAAUCUGUGCACAAGCUGCACUGGGGCAUUAUUUGGGCACCUGCUGCCCACUAAGAAGGAAGAUCAUGCAUGUUGUUUGGAAGGGCUUUUUAGGAUGGAGGUCACUGCUGGGAUGUCUGCCAGCCUUUUCUAAGAAAUAUUCAAGCAGCUGAAACGUCACCUGAUUGUAUGUGGUAUACUUAGGUAUUUUUAUACCAUUUGAUGAAAUGAGAAAAGGACCUCUAAAAUUUCCUGCAGUGGCAGGAAUCUGUUUCAAGUAGGCCUGUGUUGCAUCAGAUAGCUCAAGGGCUGAUGAUUCCUGAUUCUCUAAAAUUGUUUCAGUUGUCACUGGGUGUUCCUGUGACAGGAAGCCUUGAAAAUGGAUCUUGGUUAUCUGUAUAAAGACCUUAAGCCCAAACUACUAACAAAGUUGUGCUCUUUGCUCUGUGUAUGCUUUUUGAAUAAAACAUAAGUUUGUGCCCACAUUUCAUAA